AUGGCCGUAAGUGGCGAAAGACUAGGGAAGUCAAGCACUCGUGUUAGUAGUGAUCUAUCCUUAAACAAUGCAAGCACUCAUAAUAUUGGCAAAAAUAGUUUGGUAGUGUCUAACUGGCCUGAUGCUGUCAUUCCACAAAUUUCCACUAUCAGAUGUCAAGCAAAUCAACCACCACUAUCUUCAUCACCUGUACUGAGUGCGUGUGGUGCUAUUUAUGGUCAACUGGUAACAGCAGACCAAUUAUGCCAGUUGGAACAGCAUUCAACCACAAAUACAAAUGAUGAAAUUACUAAGCCAAUUGACGUCGGACAAAAGAAAGCUAGUUUGUGUCUAACUAGCAUGAAAUCAACACCAUAUGAAAAUAAAAUUCAAAAAGCUGUAUCAAUAAUUAGUACUAACGUAACUUCCAGUACAAAUGUUUGUCAACCUACUUCUCAGAUAAUAGUGGCUCAGUCAGCUUAUGCCAAUUUAGAUCCAACAGUCACCAAAAUACAACAACAUACUAACAGAGAUGUUCAUCAACCUAUGGAAUUAUCGCAUUCACUUGGUUCAGAAUCAUUUAUAUUUUCAUGCCAUUCCGAUGUUCAACCAACUGCAAUGGAUAUUGGCGGACAACCAGGUAGUCCAUCAUUAUCAAAAAAUCUUACAACUGUAGUAUCUAGUUGUUUACUUCAAAGUAGUACUUCGCAGAGCGGAUUAAAUACUUACUGUUAUCCAAUUUUUCCAUUUCCUGUUUCCACUGCGGAUGAAAUUACUUGUAAUUCAACAUUAUGCAACCAUGUCAAAGAUGCUGGAUUAGGCAAUAAUACUCGUGGUACUAUAGUUGCUCAUUGUGAACCGGUAGUAAAUGUUAGUAAUCAAUAUCCCUGUCCACGAGAUUUAGAACAACGACCUGUCAUUAAAAUGUCAGUGAAUCUUAUUCGAACUUAUAAAAAUAUUAAUGAGGUUUAUUACCGAAAGAAACGUCGUAUUAGAGAACAAAUUAGUGAGGAUAGUAUUCAAAAAAGAGAUCGUAAAGGUUCUGUUACUUUUGGUAAUGGUGGUGGACCGGCUCCUUCAUGUCAAAAUGGAUCUACAGGAAGUUUAACUGGAGUUAAUGUUGCAACUGUAGCAAAUACAGCUGCAUUAACAUGUCACUAUCAUCAUUAUCAUCAUCACCAUCAUCAUUGUGUAGCACCACAAUCUACAUUAUCAUCACAAAUUCCUAUGGUACCUCCACAUCGAUGUGGUAUUGGUUGUAAUAAUAAUAAUCUUGUCACAGGGUCUAUUUGUUGUACAUCAUCUUCAGAUUUACAAACACGAUCAUCCGGAGUCAAUGGCAUUAUUCAGUCACGACAUCAAGGACCCUCUAUGUUUCAAAUGAAACAUCAUCACCAUUCAACUGUUCUUCAUCCUAAUCAACAUACUAUUUCCAAAGAUCUAACUACUUCACAUCUCUCUCAUCAUUCUCAACAACAUAUCUACGAUCAAGGUUCAUCAUUUCCUUCUUGUAAUCCGUCUAAAUCAUAUCCAUCGACUAAUUUGAAUAUUGUUACCACUACUUCUGGAUUUCGUACUGGACUUACAUUAACAUCAACAAGUGUUGGGACUGGUCCAUCUGUAUACUCUUGCCACAUACAAUCAAAUUCUGUUUGUCAAUCAUCAUCAGCAUCAUCAUCUGUAUAUCCAUCACAUCAUCAUCAUCAUCAUGGACUUGUGCGUAUCGGUGAUGUAUGGUAUAAUCGCUAUAAAAUUCUAGCCUUAAUUGGUAAAGGUACAUUUGGUCAAGUUGUUCGUGCUUUCGAUGAAUUAACCGGAGAGGAAGUCGCUAUUAAAGUGAUUAAAAAUAAACGUUCUUUUGUACAACAAGCUGAAGUUGAAAUUAAAUUACUACGUGAAAUGUCUAUAUUUCAAUCGAAUGAACAAUUAGCUACAGAUGUUGGAGCUAAUUACAUUGUGAAUUUAAAAGGACAUUUCAGUUAUCAUGGUCAUUUAUGCUUAGUAUUUGAAUUACUCUCUUAUAAUUUAUAUGAUUUACUUGGUAAUACAAAUUAUCGUGGUGUAUCAUUAAAUUUAACAAGAAAAUUUGCUCAACAAUUAUGUGCUGCAUUAGUAUUUCUAUCUAGACCAGAUGUACAAGUAAUACAUUGUGAUUUAAAACCGGAAAAUAUUUUAUUAGUAAAUCCAAAACGUUCAGCAAUUAAAGUGAUUGAUUUUGGUAGUUCAUGUCAUGUACAUGAAAAAGUAUAUCAAUAUAUUCAAUCAAGAUUUUAUCGCUCUCCAGAAGUAUUGUUCAAUUUAGACUAUGGUUUGGGUAUUGAUAUGUGGUCACUUGGCUGUAUUUUAGUCGAAAUGCACACUGGCGAACCAUUAUUUUGCGGAGCGAAUGAGCUUGAACAACUGCUUCAAAUUAUCGAAGUGCUUGGUUUCCCACCGGUGUAUAUGAUUGAAGCUAGUCCUAAAUUAUCAAACUUUUUUGAAUGCAUACCGGUGAAUUCGAAUUCUACUUCAACGGCAACAACAACAACAACAACAAACUUAAUCAGUACUUCUACCACUGAUGGUGGUGCUGACUUUACUGCCAAUAAUACUAGUAUUAAUCCUGCCUCUAACCCUACAACGACACCAUCGACAACCACAUAUGGUACAUUAACAACUACAAUUAAAACAAACACAAUAGCCGGAGAUAAUACAGUGGCAGCAACAACAACAACCACUGUUUUAUCUUCAUCAAAAAAUACUACUAAUGCUACUACUACUACCACCAUUAGUAGUAGUUCGGCCUGUGGUGCUGAUUGUAUUAAUUAUUGCUCCAAUAGUAGUACAAAUGUAAAAAAUCCAAUCAACCCUGGUGUUACAAAUAGCUGUGAUAAUAAUAAUAGCUCGAAUACAUCAAACAAUAUAGCUGAUAAAUUGAAUACAGGCGUAUUAUUAUCAACAUCUGGGACUGUGUUUUACAAACCGAAACGUGUAUGGACUAAACAAGAGUGUACUUAUGAGUGUAAAUUUUCUGGAGUUGGAACAAGAACAUUGCGUACAGUUGUUGGAGCUGAUAUUGGUGGGCCUAAAAGUUGUCGUCGUGGGGAACAAGGUCAUACACCUGAAGAUUAUGAUAAAUUUGUCGAUUUGAUCCAACGUAUGUUAGUAUAUGAGCCACGAUUUCGUAUUCGUCCGGAGGAAGCUCUCACGCAUCGCUUUUUCACACGUAAAGAUGAAGGUGGACAACAGAAACAACAAACUGGUAACAAUAGCUCUUCUUCAACCACUUCAACUGUCAAUCCGCCGCUUACAACUUGUUCAAUAAUAACCACAACAGCCAAUGUCAUUAGUAGUAAUAGUAGCACUACUACUACUACUUCUAAUACUACUACCACAGUCAUCACUAAUACUUCUGUUACUGGUUCCAAUACAAAUACAAUAUCACUUUCUUGUCAGUCUGCUUCCACCAAUAAUAAUAAACAGUCUCCUUCUAGUAACUUAACGCAUUGUAUUCAUGAAAAGCUUCCCUCCAGUAGUAGUAAUAGUAGUGGUAGUAGCACUACCACGACGAUGACGACUACAUCUCAUCAGCAUUAUAAUUCAGAACAGGAUAUAAUGAAUGCAUCCUACUUAACAUUUGCUCCAAAUCAAGAAAUUAAACUAACUGGAUCAAUUGUUACUUCUACUACUGCUGCCGUUCCACCACCACCAUAG